GUUACCCGUGUUAUGCCGUGGAACAAUAGGCCACGCGUGCGGUGAGAGAAUUUCUCCCGAGAUAAAGUGAAAAUACGGUGGACAGGUGCAUUCUCGCCUUAUCAGCGUGUCAGCCGGUGGUCACAGGGACACUUGCGCCUGCUAAUCGACCCGACCACGGGGUAAAAGGGGCUCAUUAGGAUGUAGACAAUGCGAUUGAUCAAUUAUGACAUAACUGGUGUCAGCGGCUAUUACUCGGACGAGAUGCAGCACACUAAUGAAUUGUAAUUACUCGUAAUCGAUAAUCGACGAGAAGAACUGAUGAGUUGCUCGGUGGAAUUGAGGCAGAGACGGCAGACAGGGAUGACGGAGGAUCCCCACAGAUUAGCAGCCAUGAUGAACAAGUCCCAGAGGCUGGUACUGGGGCUUCUCGUUCUGCUCCUUGUGGAUAUUAUUUGGGUAUCCAGCUCCGAACUGACUAAGUACGUCUACAAAGAAGCAUCAUUCGAGAAGCCAUUCUUCAGCACCUACGUGAACACCUCAAUGUUCACCCUCUACCUCCUGGGCUUGUGCUUCUGGCCCCCCUGGAGAGAUCAGUGCAACAAGCCCACAACGUACAUGUUCAUAGAUCCAAAUGCCGAGGACGACAACUUCUACUCGGAAGCCAACACCAGCCUCAGUGAUCCCACAUUCGUUCCAAUAAAGAAGCCAGAUCACUACGACAGAUCCUCAGGAACUGAGAGCGAUGAUUCCUCGAUUCGUGGAGUGCGUUUCAGCAAAUUGGCGGAGGUGAGACACAUGUCUGAGAGCGACGCCACUGAGGCUCUUCUUGCCAGGCUGAGUUAUCAGGCCAGUGUCAGGGCUGGAGAACAUGCCAGGAGGCAGGCUCACAAGUUCUCGGUCCAGAAGGUCGCCAAGAUUGCUCUCAUGUUCUGCUUCCUCUUAUUCCUGGCAAACUACACAUUCCAAAUUUCUCUCGCUGAAACCGAAGCUGGAAUCGUGACAGUAUUAUCGUCAACCUCGAGUCUCUUCACCCUAUUUCUAGCCACAUUUUUUCCAAGCAACAGUGGUGACAAGUUCACCGUUUCAAAACUCGUGGCUGUGGCAGUUAGCAUCUUUGGUCUCGUGUUGGUGGGACUUUCUGACAUGCACAUGGAGAGCAAGGGCGUACCACCGGGCAUAAUAUUGGCUCUAGUCAGUGCAUUUUUUUACGCAACUUACAUUGUUUUUCUGAAGAGAAAAGUCGACCAUGAGGAUCGCAUGGACAUUCCAAUGUUCUUUGGUUUCGUUGGACUAUUCAACUUGACUCUCCUCUGGCCAUUGUUUUUUAUCCUUCAUUACGGGCAUUGGGAGGAGUUCGAGUGGCCCAAUAGCCACCAGUGGACGUUUCUCAUUAUCAAUGGACUUAUUGGGACUGUACUUAGUGAAGUGUUGUGGUUGUGGGGCUGUUUUCUGACGUCUUCUCUGCUAGCAACACUAGCUGUCAGCCUGUCAAUGCCCAUGUCAAUGAUUGCCGAUGUACUUCUCAAGAAAGUUGAAUACUCGUGUAUUUUCUAUCUCGGCAUGGUACCCAUGGUGCUUGCAUUCAUAACAGUAUCGUUACUGUCGCAUUAUGAUAACUGGGAUCCUGUCAUGGAUUUGAUCAAGAGCUUUUACUCUUGGUUGUUUAAGAAGAGCCGAACAAUGAGGAUACCAGAUUUAGAAGCUGAACAAACUGAAUCUCUCAUCGGUAUUAACCACGGCGAAGACCACGAGGCUUAACACGACAAUAAAAUUCUACGUGAGAGAAAUCAAUUAGCCCCUAGGUGCAUAAUUGAAGUCCACUUCGUUUAAAUUUCCACCCGGUUUAUCGAUAUUCUCUGAUUUAUCAGCAUAAUAACUGCAUUUAGUUCCGAUAAUUUAACGAAUCAGCAGCAUAAAGAGUAGGUGGUAAUUAUCAAUGUGAUUUUGAGUAAUUGUUUCGAAUUAUUCAGGAGCAGAUGCAUAUCCCCGAGUUUGAGUACUAGUUUCUUUUCAUUAUUUUGUUGAGUGAGAAUUUAUGACACUGUUUAGUAUUCCAGUACUUACAAGAAUUUAAUUUAGGAUUGCAACGCAGAUUUACAUUAGAUAAUUAAUUGUAAUUACUUGAAGACACUGUCAGUGAGAUAUUUAUGUAAUUCUUCGAGGGAAUGAUCAAAAUAAUUGUUGCUAAUCCAGACCAAGAUUUCUAAAUUGAUUGAGUAACCGAAUUUAAGGUGUUAAUUAAUGUUUUAAUGGUGAAUUCAGUAUGAGGAAGUGGGAAAAUGUAAAAAGGAGAGAAACAUGUUUUUUGCAUCUUGUUGAAUGUUGAUUUUAGAGACAAAUGUCGUUCCCUAGGUGAAUAAACAAUUGCAGAAGACGAAUUGAAAUUUUUACAUUUUGCCACUUUCCCAGAGAAUUAUUUUAAUAACGUCACAACUGUCAUUGAAUUUAAGGAAUUCAAUCGGCUCUCCAUAAAUUGUCUGUAAAAUCUAGUCAAUGAGAAAAAAUCCAAAAUAAUAGCUGAAAAAAAAAUCAUCUGAAUGUAUUGUGACGUCGAGGAAGAUAUUUUUCUACAAUUGGUAAUGAAUUUUCGAUUGAAAAAUAUUUUAAAAAUAAUUAGAGACGAGAGACAUCAAUGUACAACUCUACUUUUAAUCGAUCAUUUGAGACUGCUUGAUUUUUCGCCUUCCUUGGAAGACUAAAGAUUGCUCGCACAAUAAAAAAUAAUUGAAACAACAAAAGAACAAAAAAAAUGAUAAAUGAUAAGAGAAGCGGUGAAAGUCAUUUCUGCUAACAAAUACGAUUGUUUUCACAGUUUUUUGAUGGAUUUAAUUUUCAACAAUUGAAUAAUUGUAUUUCUAAUGGAACUUUAUCAUUACGAUGCUUCUUGUUGUGAUAUAAGAAUUAUUAAAAGAGUAAGAGAAUUAUCUAAAAGUAGGAGACUAAAAGUAGACUCAAGACGUCAAUGUUAAUUUGAAGAUAAUGAAGAAUGAGACGGAGAAUUGUAUGAGAAAUACCAUUCCUAGGAUUUAGAGUUUAUCGUUCCUAAAUAUACCUGUAAAUUUAUUGUAAAUAUACUUAUUGCAUUGUUGAGAAAAGAAAUAUAGUAAGAUUAUACGAGUAAA